GGUUCGGCGUGAGCAUCCAAACCCCGCAGCGCGCACAGCACCACUGGAGACGCACGAGCAGUUAAGCGGUCAUAUCUUUGCUUUGGUUCUAUCAGUUUUUUUCCUAACCGUCUGGACCAACCCCUGGGCACGUGUGUUGAAGUAGCGGAGAUUAGACACUUGUUGCUUGCGGAUAAACUCUUGUACGGGGGCGCAUUGCGCGCACAUGGCACCGGUAGCAGCGCGCUUGUGAUGCACGCACCAGGGAACAGUGGAUAACGAUGCCUAACGAAAUCUACUGAACUCACUUUUGUUUCGUUCUUUUGCUUUAUCUGGAUUUUUCUUUCUUUUACUAAAAUCUGUGGAUAAUUUCAUUACGUGUAUUGGACGCUAUGCUGGGGGUGAAGCGGUUUCUGAAUGUCAGGACAGAGCAGACAGCGGAGGUCAGGCUCUCGCCCAGGUGGUCGUCAUGCCCCAAACAUAUUCCGACGCGGAUUUACAGUGCAUGUCUGCUCCUGCUGUUGCUUAUCACGCCACGAGUGGACUCUUCGUGGUGGUAUAUUGGUACACUAGGGGUACGUGUCAUCUGCAACAACAUCCCUGGUUUAGUGAGCAAGCAGAGGCAGCUGUGCCAACGUCACCCUGACAUCAUGCAGGCCAUUGGAGAGGGCACCAAGGAGUGGAUCAGGGAGUGUCAGCACCAGUUCAGACAUCACCGCUGGAACUGCAGCACCAUGGACCGAGAUCACUCUGUGUUCGGACGGGUCUUAUUGCGCAGCAGCCGUGAAGCAGCAUUUGUCUACGCAAUCUCUUCAGCAGGAGUGGUCUAUGCACUUACACGAGCCUGCAGUCAAGGGGAGCUCAAGACGUGUAACUGUGAUCCACACAAACGUGGACGGUCCAGUGACGACCGAGGCGAGUUUGACUGGGGAGGCUGCAGUGACAAUAUCAACUAUGGAAUUAAAUUUGCCAAAGCUUUUAUUGAUGCUAAAGAGAGGACUGUCCGAGACGCACGAGCCGUCAUGAACCUGCACAACAACCGCUGCGGCAGAACCGCUGUCAAGCGGUUCAUGAAGUUGGAGUGCAAAUGUCACGGUGUGAGUGGCUCGUGCACACUGCGGACAUGCUGGAUGGCUAUGUCGGACUUCAGAAAAACGGGCGAUUACCUAAGGAGAAAGUACAAUGGGGCCAUUGAGGUGACCAUGAACCAGGAUGGGACGGGGUUUGCUGAAGCCAACAAAGCCUUCAGGAAGGCCACCAAGAAUGACUUGGUGUACUUCGAGAACUCCCCAGACUACUGCCUACAGGACAAAGCUGCAGGUUCACUGGGCACAGCUGGCAGAGUUUGCAACAAAACGUCCCGUGGCACCGAUGGCUGUGAAGUCAUGUGUUGUGGGCGGGGCUAUGACACUACCAGAGUCAAGCAGAUCAUCAAGUGUGAGUGCAAGUUCAAAUGGUGCUGCAAUGUGGAGUGCAAGGACUGUGAGAAGGCUGUGGACAUACAUACAUGCAAGGCACCAAAGCGAGCUGAGUGGUUGGACCAGACCUGAGGGCACCCCCUGGCCUUUGCUGUUACACCCACCCCUUCUACAAUUCGCAAAAACAUUUAAGGGAAGAUGGGAUUCUGGGAAAUUUUGUCCAACAAGUGCUUUGCCUUCCCUCCUCUUUUGUCCAUUUGUCACUGCAUGGCUUUAAUACCUGUCUCUGAGGAAGCACUAGAAGUCCAUUUUUAAUUGUCUAUCAUCCCCAGUUUUUGAAUUGCAGGGGGAUGUGGGUACACUGGCAUUUUGUUCCAGUGUGACAUUCAAAAAUGGUUUACUGCAUUCACCAAAAGCUUUAUAAGACACUUUUUUUUUACUUUUUUUUUUUUUUUUACUGAGCCUCUAACAUAUCCAGUAUUAUUACUACAGUGGCAUACUGACAUGAAUGUCUUUCUUUUUGAGGAAAAAACUCUACUAAGAAUGCAAGUUUGACUUUUGGAAGUGGCUCGACUAGUGCACUUUGAGAAGUGGGCAUGGAUUUAUAUUGCCCUUGAGCAAUACACAGAACUGAACCCAGGACAGGAAGUGACACCAAAUGUGUCAUUAAAAUGGUGACUGUAAAAACUGAGAUAAGCUGUGUGGAAUUAAUUAUUUAAAUUGUGAAAUGUUUCAGUCCUUAUUUGUGUAUGAAACUGCACUACAUUGACUGACUUAAGGAGAGCAUCCUUGUAAUGAAUCACAACCAGUAUUCUGAACAAGAGCUUAAUAUACAAAAAUGAGGCUUUGCUAUGUAACCAUAGCCUCGGUCAGAAAGCUACUCAGCUACAGCUUGCUUGUGUAAUGUUAUGACUAUAUCGCUCAUAUAAACAGAUCAAAAAGAAAAAUAUGGGAGUGGUGUUAGUAUGACAAUAUAAGAAUUGAUAAAGCAAUAGUAUAAUAAUGAUUACUGCAGAAGAAAUACGACAUUUCUUUGAUCCCACUGGUGCGUAAGUAACAAAUGCUGCUGUGUGCAUAGAGGGUGGAGUGCUGCUGUAGUCGUGGAAGGCGAGUGUGAUUAAAGGCCCUGUCCUAAAGUGGACUGUCCCACACCCCUGUCAGUGGAAUUCCAGGUGGGUGCUCCUUAAUGACGGGGCACUGUAAUUACCUGGGGCUGUUGAUAGCUGCUGAUUGGAUGUGGUCAUGCCACAGAGGGGCUUGUGUGGGCUCCUGCUGGGACAGCGUUUAAUCAAAGGCUUCUUGGAGAUUAUCAAAGAGAAACUGCUGCAAUCUAACCCCACUGCUUCCCAGACAUCAGACCAGCUCAGGCUUUGUUAUACUAAACCACUGAUGACUGAAAAGUACAAAAAAGUGACACUGAAAAAAUAGCAUUGUAUUAUUAAGAAA